AUGGAUAAGAAGCGCCCCGCGACGGCGGAGUGGUCGACUGCGAAGCUCAGGCGCGUUGAUGCGCCGUCCGCAUUUCCUCUCACACAUACAACACCAGGUGCUGGCUUUAGGCCCCGCAGCCUGAAUACGGAUGCGUUCACAGUAGGAUGGAUAUGUGCCUUGGAGGCGGAAUUAGCUGCAUCUGUGGCUAUGCUCGAUGAAGAAUUUCGGAAUCUCCCAGAAAUUCCGGGUGAUUCAAAUACUUAUACUCUAGGACGAAUGGGAGACCACAACAUUGUGAUGGUUUGCCUUCCAGCAGGAACAACGGGUACAAAUGCUGCCGCGAUGACAGCUACCAACAUGAUGCGGAGUUUUCCCAAAAUUCGCUUUGGUUUGAUGGUGGGCAUUGGAGGCGGAGCUCCUGAUGAGCCAAGCAAUGAUUCGCGCAACGAUAUCCGGCUUGGGGAUGUAGUGGUUAGCUGUCCUACAGUCGAUUCAAGUGGCGUAUUACAAUACGACUUUGGGAAAACAAUGAAAGAAGGGAAAUUUGUUCAAACCGGCACACUAAACAAGACGCACACAGAAUUGAGGACCGGCAUUUCAGUACUACGAGCACGCCAUCGGAGGGGAAUCAGCCAAAUUCCAUUUCAUAUCGAUACUAUGCUCCAGUCUAACAGAAAGAUGCGCGGUUAUUUCGAUCACCCAGACGGUGAAUCAAGUUGCGAAGCUUGCGACAGAGGAGCUUUGCUGGUUCGAAAGCCGCGCGCAGAUAGCGACCCUGCCAUCCAUUAUGGUCUCAUUGGUUCAGCUAAUCAAGUUAUGAGGCAUGGAAUGACACGAGAGAAGCUUCGAAAAGAAAAGGGCAUACUCUGUUUUGAGAUGGAAGCUGCAGGACUUAUGGAUAUUCUCCCUUGUUUAGUGAUUCGAGGCAUUUGCGAUUAUGCGGACUCGCACAAGAAUAAAAGGUGGCAGCCUUAUGCGGCAGCGGCUGCUGCUGCAUACGCCAAAGAAAUCCUGUCUGUCAUUCCUCCAGCAGAAGCGCCGCCGAUAUUCCCCAUGAAUAUUGAUACCAUACAUAACAUGCUUCAGUCUUUUAUUUCCGAAUCAAGUCUAGAACAGUUACUUCAACUUCUACCAGCACCGGAGCAAAGCCAACGAAAAUCCGCAAUACCAGAUUUAGAUCCCCGAGAUCAUAAUUUUUCUUGGGUGUUUGAAAAUAUUGAUUAUAAGUCCUGGAGAUCCAACGAUAGCCGUUUCGUCCUUUGUCUCUCUAGCCCUCUAGGCCACCACUUAUCUCAAGUCACAUCCUACGUCGUGGACCAAGAGCAGAACGCUAACCACCCUGUUCUGUAUUGUUUCUGCUCGAAAAUAAACAACGGCGAGUUUAUUGUUAACAAAGGUGGCCAGAUUUCAGAAGGCCAAAAUAUUGCGCUUGCUAGUGCCCUCAUUUACACACUUCUCAAGCAGAUUAUUGUUCUUUCGCCGAUAGAGAAAAGACUACUAAUCAUGCAUAAUCUUUUCAAUUCCCUGCUGCAGAAGAUUUUCGAAAAACCCCCAAGUCAAAAUUGGACGGAAAACGGUUUCGAUGGCAAUGAUCCUUUCAAAGGUUUACAUGAACUUCUUGGCAAUGCGGCAACAGAUGAUCUUUUAGCUGUUUUCCAGGACAUUCUAGAUUAUGCCAAACCACAACCCACCUUGAUUGUUCUCGAUGGAGUAGAAAAAGCUUACCAGGGUGGUCGGUUUCUUCACCUAAUUGGUGUGCUCAUAAACGACCUUCGACGACAAAGCUCAAAUAUGAAGGCACUACUUGUGGGCCCAACAGUUUGUGAUAUUACUGCUCUUUCUCAAGAGAGCAUGUUUAUCGAGUAUGAUAAGGAGCUAAAAGAAUGUUUAUUUAGCCUCCAGUUCGAAAACACACGCUAUGAAAAGAUUACACCAGAACAAAGUGGCUCUUUUGAGUGGCUUUGGGUACAUGACGAGUACAAACGUUGGUCCAAUUCGGAAACUUCUCGCUUACUCUAUAUACAAGGAAAACCUGGCAGUGGCAAAAGUACUCUCACAAAAUAUUUUGACUCUAAUCUUCCAACUAGGGAGCCAGCUGCAAAGAAAGCUAUCGUGGCAAAGUUCUUUUAUAGCUUCAGAGAGGGCGAACCCCAAAGGAGCCACUAUAGCAUGCUUCUUUCGCUUCUACAUGACAUCUUAUGUCAAGAGAAAAGCUUCUUUUACCAUUAUUGUCAAGCCGAAUAUCGAGCUCAUCGUUGCUCUGGCGCGAAGUGGGACUACCAAUCUCUGAAACGAAUCUUGGGGUCAUUACAAGACUACUAUUCAACACCAAAGCGAUUCUACAUUAUUAUCGAUGCGGUUGAUGAGUCUGAAGAGACAGACAGACGGGACAUUCUCAAUAUGCUUUACAAUUUGUGUUCUAAUAUCAAAUACUGUGUUGUCAAAAUCUUUAUCGCAAGUCGACCGGUAGCACAGCUAGAAGCCCGCCGAGACCAGUUUCUGGAUUUUAUUCGGUUACAGGAUGAAACUACACUUGAUAUUUCCAAUUUCGCAAAUUCUCUACUUAAUGGCCUUGGUCUUAAUCGAGAGGUUGCAUAUAUGAUUGGAAAUGCCCAAGGAGUUUUCCUUUGGGUCAAACUGGUGGGCGAGGAAUUGCUAAAGUUCCAUGAAGAUGGAUAUUCUGAACACGACAUAUUUCUUAUGCUUAAAAAACUUCCAACGGAGCUCGAAGAACUUUACGGAGUCAUGCUGGAUAAGAUGAGAACAAACAAGUCAUGCCUGUCCUAUGGAUUGAAAAUGUUUCGAUUCAUUCUAUUUGCACGGAGGCCCCUCAGGGUGAACGAACUACUCCACAGUCUUGGUAUUCCAGACAGUACUGAAUCCGACUCAAUUUCUAGCCUCACUGAUGAGAUUUUCGAGGAGCGUGUACCAUUAUCAGAGAGAAUUAUUGUCUCUUGUGGUGGUAACUUCAUAGAAAUUAAACAACGGAACGAUGGACAUCGGGUAGUCCAAGUUAUCCAUCAAACUGCCUUUGAGUUUCUGCGUGAUCCUGAUGGAGUAGUUUCAAAAUCAGCGUUUCGCAUAGAUGAAGGAUAUGCACAUAUGUUGAUAGCCACAACUUGCAUCCAAUAUCUAAUGCUUUGCGCUGCCAGCACCUCUCUACGAGUGGGGUUACCGGAUUCCGAACAUUGGAUCGCCAACCAUUAUGAUGAUUAUGCAAAGUACCUCGAUAAAAGACCGUUGGCGUUCUAUGCUUCCCACCAUGUAGAAUAUCACGUCAAUCGCUACAUGAGAUACGCCAACCAGAAAUCUAAUACUCAAAAACUCGCAGCUCAAGUAACAUGCGACUGGAUCAACGACCCCUUCAAUUAUUUGUUGGAGAGCUGGUCUGGCUCACAUUUGGCGCCACUGAUUUCGAAAAAAAUCCAGAACAAACUAAUUUUUGCUUCUGCCAAAGAUCAUUCUGCCCGGACGCCGCUUUCAUGGGCUGCUGGGAACGGACAAGAGUCUACCAUGAGGCUACUGCUUGAAGAAGAUGCAAAUACUAAUCUCCCCUAUGAUUAUUAUGGCCAGACGCCGCUUUCAUGGGCUGCUAGAAACGGGCACGAGUCUAUUGUAAGGCUACUGCUUGAAAAUGGCGCAGCUAUUAAUUCUAAAGAUGAGUCUAACCGGACGCCGCUUUCAUGGGCUGCCAAGAAUGGACACGCGGCCAUUGUCGAGCUGCUGCAAAAUAACGGCGCCACAUUAUAA